UGAGUUUCUCUCUCCUCUCUCUCUCUCUCUUUCUCUCUCUCCCCGAUCGAAUCCCGAAGCAAACCCUAGUUCGAAUCCACGAGGAGGAGGAGAGAGAGGAGGGGGGAGGGGUGAGAGAUGGGAUUUGGAUUCGCAUUGGGAGUAUUCGGCGGCUUAAUCCUCGCCCACGCCGCCUACGCCACCAUCCAGUAUCGAGGGAUGCUCAAGAUCGUGGAGGAAGAGUUCUCGGGGCCUCCCAUGAAUGUGGUGGUGGAGUUGCUUCUAGGGUUAGCCCUUUGCAUGUGGGCGGGGCUCGCCGCGCCCACAAAAUUCCUCUCCAUCCUCCCUGAUUCAGAUGAAAACAGGAUCGUUUCGCUCCCAACGAACCUCGACUUCAUGAUCUUCAAUCACCGCGGCAGAGUGUUUCCUUCAUCAGAUGCAGAGUUGAAGUUGAAGUCAAAAUCGUAAAUUUCUUCGUCGCGUCCCCUACCGGCGAUUAAUCUAGGAAAUGCAAGACUCAUCGGAGUCGCACUUUUUCACAGAAAAGAACUGCAUCCUUAAACCUUUGCUUUGUAAUUCUUUACAUCUUCAAGAACCAGCAUCUCUUUUUCCCUUUUCUUCAAGUCAUUGUAGAAGUGUAGAUUGAUAUAAUUUGUAUGGUUUCCUCCUCUUUUGCUUGUUUCUUUUUGGAUAAAUUGCACCUCUAGUCCCCAAUUUUGGAACUCCUCAUUUUUGUUUA